AUGACAACCAAAAGACCUCGCGGCCGACCUGCCGGGUCAGCGAACAAGGUGACGAAGCCGGCUCAGAAAACUACAGGGCGCCGGACCAGUGAUAGAAUCGCUGCCGCAGUGGCAGCCGAGCUCAAUCCGGGAGAGACGAAUGGAGUUUUAUCGGAGAAGAGCGCCAACCAACAAAACAUUGCUGCACCGAAGAAGGGGGCGAAAGGCACCGUUCCAAAGAUCGUCGAGAAGCCAAAGCCUACACGUGGAAGGCCACGCACCGUCAAAAAAACCGCCGAAACCCCCACGGAGGUUGACCUAGCCGAAGGCGAAAGCAUGGCCGUUGAUACAGCGUUACCCGCCCCUACUCCAGUUCCGAAAGGGCGUCGUGGCCGGAAACCAGUGUCUUCGAAGACGGAGAUCCCGGAGACUCAGCCUCCUCCAGAGCAGAUGGACAUCGAUGAGGGAGAGGACGACGAGCUAGGAGAGCUUCCCCAGCAUCCAUCAAUUGAACCCGAAGCGCCCGCCGCUCUCCCAGCUGUGCCCUCAAGCGUUAGGAGUCAACGUGUGGUCGAUCUAGAUUCCAACGAUCCAUCGAUUCGUCGAAAACUAGGGGAUCUUAGCAAAAGAUACGAUAUCCUAGAAUCCAAGUACCGACACCUACAGGAGGUUGGCGCACGGGAGGCGGAGCGGAACUUUGACCGGCUUAAGAAACAGGCGGAAGAAAGGGCUCAGACAUCCAAGGAACUGAUAGCCGAUUUAAAAGCCGAGUUGGCGUCGCAAACUUCACUCGCCAAGGAGGGACAGAAAAUGGCAAAGACAGUCGAGCAACACGAAGCGACAAUUGCCGGGUUACAGCAAAAGAUUACGGACCUAACGACAUCUCUCUCGGAGGCUAGGGCAGAUAAUAAAUCUCUCACCACGAAGUUAGCGGCUAGCCGGUCUGAAGCUGCUGCUCAUGCCAAGGUGCCUAGUAGUGCCGUUAAGUCUAAUAGCCAAGCGGCGCGCAAUGGCGGGAACUCGGAAAUCAUCCAGGCGGCUCAGAUGAAGGAAGACCUCUAUAGCGAUCUGACCGGCUUGAUUGUGAGAGGGGUAAAAUUCCACGACAAGGAGGAUAUAUUCGACUGUCUGCAGACUGGAAGGAAUGGCACACUGCAUUUCAAACUUUGCAUCGAGACCGACAUGACAGGGGAUGGGUUCGAGGAAGCUCAGAUUACGUACCAACCCCAGCUCGAUGCCAACAGAGACAGGACCCUGAUGGAGCUGUUACCGGAUUACCUGACGGAGGAGAUAACCUUCCCCCGCCCCCACGCAGCCAAGUUUUACGCCAGGGUGACGAGGGCUCUAACUGACUGA